CAGAAUUCCACCCAUCAGCCCUCGCGUUCGGCGCACGCGCGCUGGCACCGCCACCGCCCACGCCGACCGCAGGUUCCUGACUUCCGGUUCCGCCGGGGCCCAGUGGCGGCGUAGAGGCUAAUGGCUGGGCCCACGGAACUAGCUGGAGGGGGCGUUAAGGAGACCGCCGCGAAAGAGGAACCACGAGUUUUGGAACCUGGGGCCGCCCCGUUCGGAAAUUUUCCUCAUUAUUCUCGCUUCCACCCUCCGGAGCAGCGGCUCCGCCUCCUGCCCCCGGAGCUGCUUCGGCAGCUCUUUCCUCAGAGUCCAGAGAACGAGCCGAUUCUGGGGCUGGACGUGGGGUGUAACUCCGGGGAUCUGAGUGUGGCUCUAUACAAACACUUCCUUUCCUUACCUGACGGGGAGACCUGCUCAGAUGCCUCAAGAGAACUCCGUCUCCUCUGCUGUGACAUAGAUCCAGUCCUGGUGAAGCGAGCCAAAAAAGAAUGUCCUUUUCCUGAUGCUUUGACCUUUAUCACCCUGGAUUUCAUGAAUCAGAGGACCCGGAAGGUUCUCUUGAGCUCUUUCUUAAGCCAAUUUGGACGUUCAGUUUUUGACAUUGGCUUCUGCAUGUCGAUAACCAUGUGGAUUCAUCUGAACCAUGGGGACCAUGGCCUGUGGGAGUUCUUGGCCCAUCUUUCCUCCCUCUGCCGCUACCUCCUUGUGGAGCCUCAGCCCUGGAAGUGUUAUCGGGCAGCCGCAAGGCGUCUCCGAAAGCUGGGACUCCAUGAUUUUGACCACUUCCACUCCCUUGCCAUCCGAGGUGAUAUGACCAAUCAGAUUGUACAGAUCUUGACCCAGGAUCAUGGCAUGGAAUUAAUAUGUCGCUUUGGCAACACCAGUUGGGACAGAAGCCUUCUAUUCUUCAGGGCAAAACAAACCACAGAAACUCAUCCAAUCCCUGAAUCACUGAUAGAAAAAGGGAAAGAGGCUGGGCACGAUGGCUCACACCUGUAAUCCCAGCACUUUGGUAGGCCAAGGUGGGCAGAUCAUGAGGUCAGGAGUUCGCGACCAGCCUGGCCAACAUGGCGAAACCCCAUCUCUACUAAAAAUACAAAAAAAAAAAAAAAAAUUAGCCAGCCAUGUGGAAGACACCUGUAAUCCCAGCUACUCAAGAGGCUGAGGUAGGAGAAUUUCUUGCACCCAGGGGGCAGAGGUUGCAGUGAGCCAAGAUUGUGCCAUUGCGCUCUAGCCUUGGCAACAAGAGCAAGACUCUCUCAAAAAAUAAAAAAAGAAAGGAAAGAAAGGAACAGAUUAAGAUUUCAGAGGCAGUGAGGUGGGAGGGCAGGAAGACCAAGAAAGAGAUAUUGAAAGGAUUUUACAUUGAGAAUUAAUGUUCAUUCUCCUUAACUCCUUAACAAUCAGGCAGUCUCAAAACCUGGCAGCUUUUGCUAAAAUGUCCAAGGCAUGUAAUUGAAAGAAUCAGUAUCUGUUCCCCAUUGUUUGGAAGAAAUCUUUAGAAGAAUGAAUCGCUGGAGCUCUGAGCUCCAGAGAUAUCUGGAUUGAGAUGGCCUAGGAAAAGUAGUCCAGGUUAUGGGUUAUGGAAGGGGCUGCUUUUGGGGGUUAUUUAUAAAGAUCACACUAGGCUAGUCUUAGAAUCUAUCAGUUCCUGGUCCUCCUUAAACCUUACCUGGUUUCUUCAGGUGUCUUCUGGACUUGCUAGGCCUGCCUUUGAGCAAAACCUUAAUAAUUCAGGUCUGGAAUGGGGCUUAGGAAUCUGUUUUCUGGGUUUCUUUUUUGUGUUCUAUUGUAAUAUAUACAUAAAAUUUACCAUUUUAAUCAUUUUUAAAUAUAAUUUUUCAGAACAUGUGGAAUCCCAUCAGAAAUUGGAUUUAAAAAAUUAAAAGAUGGCCGGGCACGGUGGCUCAUGCCUGUAAUCCCAGCACUUUGGGAGGCCGAGGCGGGUGGAUCACGAGGUCAAGAAAUCAAGACCAUCCUGGUCAACAUGGUGAAACCCCGUCUCUACUAAAAAUAAAAAAUUAGCUGGGCAUGGUGGCGCGUGCCUGUAAUCCCAGCUACUCAGGAGGCUGAGGCAGGAGAAUUGCCUGAACCCAGGAGGCAGAGGUUGCAGUAAGCCGAGAUCACACCAUUGCACUCCAGUCUGAGUAACGAGAGCGAAACUCCGCUCAAAAAAAAAAAAAAAAUUAAAAGAUAAUUUUUUUUAAGUAUACAAUUUUGGGACAUUAAGUACAUUCACAAUGAGGAAUCUGUUAUUUUUUUUGUUUUUGUUUUUAAGACAGGGUUUCACCAUGUUGGCCAGGCUGGGCUUGAACUCCUGACCUCAGGUGAUCCACCUGCCUCGGCCUCCCAGAAGUGUUGGGAUUACAGGCGUGAGCCACGAUGCUGGCCAAGGAAUCUGUUUUUAACAGCUCCCCCAGAUGAUUCUGAGGCAAGCAGCAGUAGACCAUACUUUGAGUGCUUAGGGUUCCAUUCAGCCUUUCUCUAUGUAUUUUUCCUGGGGUGAGUUCUUCCCUACAAUUUUAGCAACUACCUACAUGCUUGUGGUCCCCAAAUAUAUUGGUAGCCAUACAUCCACAGUUCCAGACUAGCAUUUUUCCUAUUUUGUAAUUAUAUCCCUUAGAUCUUAGGUACAUCAGAUUUAACACAUCUCAAAAGCAAAUUAAUUACUCUCAUUCAAAACCUAGUCCUAUCUCAUUUGGUGGUAUUCACUGCUCAAGCUAAUAACCUCAGUUGGUUUUCUCACUUAUAUUCCCCACACUGAAAUGCUCACAAAGUCCAGUAAAUUCUAUCAAUUACAUGUAAAUUUCAUUCCAUUCAUGUGGCUGGUGCCUGGUGGGGGGUUCCUAUAUUAAAGUCAUCUACCCUCCAAUCCA